GGGAAGAGGUGCAAGACGGUCACGGGAUGAGAAAAAGAGAAAUCAAGAAGCAACAAGGAGCAGAAGGGCUCAAGAGAUGCAGAAAGAAAGUACUCAACAUCUCAGAGAUCAACAAGAGAGAUACCAGGAGAGAAAGACUCAAGAGAUGCAGGAAGAAAGAACUCAACGUCUCAGAGAUCAACGAGAGAGACAGCAGAAGAGAAGGGCUCAAGAGACGCAGGAAGAAAGAACUCAUCGUCUCAGUGAUCAACGAGAGAGACAGCAGGAGAGAAGGGCUCAAGAGACGCAGGAAGAAAGAACUCAACGUCUCAGAGAUGAACGAGAGAGACAGCGGGAGAGAAGGGCUGAAGAGACACAGGAAGAAAGAACUCAACGUCUCAGAGAUCAACGAGAGAGACAGCAGAAGAGAAGAGCACAAGAGACGCGGAAAGAAACAACUCAACGUGUUGAGGAACAUCGAGAAAGAAUACAAAGGAGAAGGGAUGAAGAGACGGGAGAUGAAAAGACUAGAAGGCUGGAUGAACAGCGAGACAGAGAUACAAGACAACGAAAUGCACGACUCACAAAGAGAAAUCUUUCUGCUGAUGUUGGUGAAAUGACCAAUGUUUGCCCUCAGUGUCGAGCGUACCGCUUCUCAGGAGGAACAACCAACUUUUGCAGCAUGAAGGCCUCCACCUCGCUUCUCAAUUUAAGACCGGACACCGUGGGGAAAAAGCAGAACAAGACGGAAGUGGAGGAGGUUCCGGAGGAGGAGAAGUACAUGGUGGAGAAAGUGCUGGACAGGCGCACAGUGAACGGCAAGGUGGAGUACCUGCUCAAAUGGAAAGGAUUAUUGCUUGAUGACAACACGUGGGAGCCGGAGGUAAACCUGGACUGCCCCGACCUCAUCGUAGAAUUCCUGCAGUCCCAGAAAAUAGCAAACGAUGGCGUGGAUAAAACAGAGGGACCAAAGCGGAAAGCAGAGUCUGAUACGGAAACAGAGGAAAAUAAAAACAAGAAGAAGAGGGAGGAGCAGGAGAAGCCAAGAGGGUUUGCCCGAGAGCUGGAACCGGAGCGUAUCAUCGGGGCGACAGAUUCAAGCGGGGAGCUGAUGUUCCUCAUGAAGUGGAAAAACUCAGACGAGGCCGACUUGGUGCCGGCAAAGGAGGCGAAUGUGAAUUGCCCGCAGGUGGUCAUCUCGUUCUACGAGGAGCGUCUAACGUGGCACUCCUAUCCCACCGAGGGGGAGGAGGACAAGAAGGAGGAGAAGUAACGGAGCAGAGGGGCUCACACACCUCCCAUUUACUACUUUACACGACGAGAAAAUAAUCCCGACAUUUGCAGACGUGGUUUUCAGUUGUACAGAUGUAUAGUUCUCCGGGUGAUACUUCUCUCAACUCCUCUCGGACCUGGUUUAUUGCCUCUGACUGCCAGGGGCCGGGCAGGUUGUGUUUCAAAUCCAGCAUGACUUAUUUUUAAUUUCACUGUUUUAUUUUUCUCCAGGUUUUUGGGGGUAAUAACUAAUUGUAGAAGCCAAUGAGUUGUAGAUUAGUUGCCUUGGCUUAUAGCAUCGGGUUUGAGCCCGUGAAAGCAAAAGGAGUCUGCAGGUGCUGAUUUAAUUUACAGCCUCUUUUAGUGCAGUGUUUUUGUUGGGUUUAGCUCAGAUUGCACCUCCAGUCCUCCUCUCCCUUUGCACCUUCUUGGACCUGAAGAGCAGCUCAGGGUAGACUCACAUGUUGUGUACUCUCCACUGUGAGUUGAUGAA